AAAUUGAUUGGUCUGUAGGAUAUUUAUAUUCUCAAGCAUCGUACGAGUAUGUUUAGUAUGCUGUGUAUGGGAAGACAAGUGAUAUAUUGUUUAUGGACUUCCGUCAAGAAAAGGCGAAGCUCAUAUAUACGAAUCCUAACUACAUUAAGGAUGCCCACGUGUUCACCGGGCGGAGGGACAGGAACGACUCUUACUACACCAACCUCACCGUCACUACUCUCCUGUCCAGUGGCAACAACGUCAGCGCAGCAAUAACCUUACAAAUCGUAUCCGGGGGAGACUUCAGAGUGAGCCAGAAGCUGUGCGAGAUUAUGAAAGAAGCUUGGAUCAUCAACUUCCUUAGAGCUCAUUCUGAUGUGAAGGCAAGCUGCCCUUUUCCUGCGGGAACAUACAAUAUAUUCAACAUGGUUCUCCCGCCGAAAAACAUGCCGAUCCCAAUGAUAGCCAGCGACUAUAACAUCAUUCUGGAGAUGUAUGUGACCAAAACCAAGGAGAGCAUACUCACAGUGUUCACGUCUUUGCGCUAUGAAGAGACCAAGUGGAAGAGUGUGGAUACUAACAAACAUUUUCUUUAAAUACUUUGAUUUUAUAUAAAUUUGAACGUUACGACGACUGUUAUUUUUAAAUUAAAUAUUUUACAGAGAGUUAACAAUUCAUUAAAUAGCCCCGAUGUGUAAAAACCAAGUGUUUAUAUAAAAAUAGCG